AUGCGAAUCAAAUAUAGCUGCUGAUUACAUGUUCUUUGACAUAGCGGCUUCAUCAGACUUACUGUACCUUCGUUUUUACCAAUACACGCCCCGGCACAGCAGCGAAAGGAAAGGACACAAUCGACAUUGAUUAAAUCUGCUCGGGUUUAUCAUUAUAAAUCAUAGCGGUGGAUAAUUAUUCUCCGAACCCUGAUUGGCGGUGGCUCUGAGAUUGGCCUUUCCUGGACUUUUAAAGCCGGAAUUCUUUAUUUCCCACCGGAUUCACUUCUGUCGCACGCUGUUCUUUACCCAUCUCUUGGCUGGCAAAAUGGCACGGAUUGUCGUUCCGUUGGUUAUUCUAUGCACGUUGUGGAUUGUUCUUGGAUCAUGUUCAGUCAUGCCGGCUUCACCACGCAAAGUUUUCGUUUCGGCGCAGCGCUUUGAAAGCAUCGGCAGCAGUCCACUGGUUGCGCUACGAAAAGCCAUGCGCAUGCACCUUCCGCGGCAAGGUCAAGGCUAUCCGAUUCCCCGUACGCGGCCAAUCCCGGCGCGGCCGCGCAUCCCCACACAGAAGCAGAUAUUCCAGGAAAUGCUUUCCACGAUGACACGCGACUUCCAUCAACCGAAAUUUGUGCUGCCCCGUUUCAAGAAGGACGUGUACGAAGUGGGCCCUUUAUUCGAUGAUGGGGAAGCGUAAACGCAUUAGGAUGCCAGCUAAUACGGCCAUUGUGACCCAUUCAGCGGAUUCGUAAACACUCGCCGCCUCUUCAUCAGCUGAUAACUUCGCCUAACUCAUUUUAGCAAGCUAUUAUUGUCAUUUUUGAUGUACGUACAUUACUGUACGGUAGCAUGUUUACGUGCAUUGCUACUCGUGCAGUACUUCAAAAUUCAAAUAUAGUUUUUUGUAAUGACAGGAUUUAAUAAAAAAAGAUUCAUAACCAUUGCGGCUGGUAAAAGAACUACUGCUCUAGUAUGAAAAGCGUCUUGACGUAAUGCCGGUACUAAGGGGAUAAUCCUCGUUUUGUUCAUCUGAUAAUUAUUAUAUUUUGAUCCGGACUUAUUUCGCUGAAAUGCGUGUUCAUGGUUGUAAAUUAAACUCGUGCAUGCGUUUUAGUUUUGAUAUAACAACCUAUCAAAACUGAUGUAAGGCAAACAUAAUUAUUAUUA